AUGGCGCCCGUCCGCAGAGACCUCAACCCCGGCGGUUUGACCGGUGGAUCCUGGUGGUACCCUUCAGAGGCUGCCCACGUUCCCAUGCCUUCCGAGUCCGCCUUGGACCACGGCCUCGGUGCCAGUGGUCUCACAACCGGCGACGGCAGUCUCCCCGUGCACGGCGGUGGUAUCGUCCCCCACGACGGCAAGUUGAAGUUGACCCACGGCCACGUUGAGCAGGUCAAGAAUGACGACACCGACACCAGCUCUACCUCCAGCAGCAGCACUACUCUGGCCCCCUCCAGCCAGCCCACCUCCAGCUCACCGCUGAGGCGGAGAGCCGGUGUCGGCGCCGUCGUCCUCGGCAUUGCGCUCGCAGUUCUCUCCGCGUAA